AUGUGUACUAUAUUUCAAUUCAAGUCUCUUUCUUUUUCUUUGUCCUUCCUCGCCCCGUUCUUUCCAAUUUUAUGGUUUUCUUCUCUAGUUCAUUUUCAGUCAUCUUUGUUCCCUUUCAUUGUUCCUCAUAGCCGCACUACUGCCACGUUUCUCUUCUUCUUUCUACUACAUUUCUACCCAUAUUUCCUCCUAUUUUCGCUUCAUCUUGUCUUCCAUUUUAAUUUUCAUUUUCUCUCUCUUUUAUCCAUUUUAUCUUUUUUCACUUUCCUUUCUUUCUCCUGCGUCUUUGCUCUUUCUAUUUCACUUUUACUCCUCUCUCUCUACUCUUUCUCUCUCUCUCUCUCUCUACUCUUUCUUUCUCUCUCUCUACUCUUUCUCUCUCUCUCUCUCUCUACUCUCUCUCUCUCUCUACUCUUUCUCUCUCUACUCUUUUUCUCUCUCUAUCUCUUUCUACUCUUUCACUCUCUCUAUCUCUCUCUACUCUUUCUCUCUCUCUACUCUUUCUCUCUCUACUCUUUUUCUCUCUCUAUCUCUUUCUACUCUUUCUCUCUCUCCAUCUCUCUCUACUCUUUCUCUCUCUCUACUCUUUUUCUCUCUCUAUCUCUCUCUACUCUUUCUCUCUCUCUACUCUUUCUCUCUCUCUACUCUUUCUCUCUCUCUACUCUUUUCUCUCUCUCUCUAUCUCUCUCUACUCUUUCUCUCUCUCUCUACUCUUUCUCUCUCUCUCUAUCUCUCUCUACUCUUUCUCUCUCUCUUUCUAUCUCUCUCUACUCUUUCUCCCUCUCUUUCUCUCUAUCUCUCUCUACACUUUUCUCUCUAUCUCUCUCUACUCUUUCUCUCUCUCUACUCUUUCUCUCUCUCUACUCUUUCUCUCUCUUUCUCUCUCUCUGUAUCUCUAUCUCUCUCUACUCUUUCUCUCUCUCUUUCUCUCUCUCUUCUCUUUCUCUCUCUCUCUACUCUUUCUCUCUCUCUCUAUCUCUCUCUACUCUUUCUCCUCGCUCUCUACUCUUUCUCUCUCUCUCUCUCUCUCUCUCUUUCUCUCUCUUUCUAUCUCUCUCUCUUUCCCCUCUCUUUCUCUCUAUCUCUCUACUCUUUUCUCUCUCUAUCUCUCUCUACUCUUUCUCUCUCUCUACUCUUUCUCUCUCUUUCUAUCUCUACUCUUUCUCUCUCUCUGUAUCUCUAUCUCUCUCUACUCUUUCUCUCUCUCUUUCUCUCUCUCUACUCUUUCUCUCUCUCUCUCUACUCUUUCUCUCUCUCUCUAUCUCUCUCUACUCUUUCUCUCUCUCUCUACUCUUUCUCUUUCUCUCUCUCUCUACUCUUUCCACUCUUCUGCGUGUCCAUCUUUAUGUUCUCAUUCUUUCUGUAGUUUUCAUUGUUCUCAUCACUUUCCGUUUCUCUGUUUUUUCCUCCUCUUCUUUUUUCCAUUCUAUUCUCUUUUCAUUUCUCUGUUCCUCUUCUCUUUACUUUCUUUCCAUUUUUCUUUCUUUUCCUCCCGCUAUUCAUCCUAUCUCUACCUGCCUUUCAUUCAUCUUCUCUUUUUCUAUUCCUCUGUCCCUCUUAUUUUUUCAUUACUUUUCUGUUUUUUUUUGCUAUUUCUAUCUGUCCAUUCUUCCCUCUAUUUCUAUUAAUCUUUCCCUAUUCCUUUCCCUAUUCCUUUCCCGUUCUGUCUUCCUUCUUUACCAUCUUACUCUUUUCCCAUUGAUACACUCUCUCGCCAUUUUUCUAUUUUUCCUUUUUCCAUUUUCCCGCCGUCUAUUUCACUUCUCUUUUUUUAAUUUCUAUUUAUCCCCCUCUCACUUUCCUCUUCCUAUUAUUUCUUUCCCGUUAUCUGUACACCUUCGACUGUGGUGA